AUGGCACAAAAUUUGCGUGCGAAAGGCUUGAUACCUCGUGCCAUCAGGAUGAUGGAACGCGCCUUGAUGAUCACCCAACGCUCAGAGCUGGAGCAUCCAUCAUUGGCAUUGGAAGCGUGCAAAGUUCGCCUCAACUUCGCGGCCUAUUUGUCUGAGGGGUACAGGCAUAGGGAAGCGCUAAAGGUCAUCAAGGAGGCACAGGAAAACCUGAUGCGGCUGGUGCAUUGGGCCUUGCAAUGUCCGCCGGAGGACUUGGCAGUGCAGGCGCUGGGCAAAGAAGCCAGAGCCUUGCAUUGCUCAGCUGUGGUGGCAGAGGCACUGGACAGGGCCGUAGCCCUGGAGUUUUUUGAAGAUGAUGGAAAGCCACCACCAGACGAGAUGCCGGAGGACUUAAAGGGCAUCAAGCUAGGCAAGUGGCGUGUCUUGAAAUUCCAUGCCUGUGAAGAACUCACCGCUCCUGCCGCUGAUCUCCCCAAGCCAGAGCCGGAGAAACAGAAGAAGCGCUUGGAUGACCGUGAUGUUUUCAAGCAGUACUUGCGGGACCGGGAGAUGGCCCGCGUGGCUCACCUUUUGGCGCUUAGUGAUGACUGGGAGACCCAAACACGAAAGAAGCUGGAAGAAGUCCACCGGCAAGCCAAAUUCGAGAUGGAGUUGGUGAAUGUUGACGAGCUCAAGGAAAAGCGCUACUCCCGACUGGGGCAUAAGGUGUUCAUGCACCAGAUGCGGAAAAUGAACAGAUGCUGGAGUGAUCCAACCCUCAGUCGAGAAGCAAGGAGGGAAAAGACCGCGCCAGAGAUCCAUCAGUUGAAGAAGCUGAGCCGGAAGAUCUAUGUGAAGCCGCCUGCUACGCAAGCACCGGCACCGCCACCUCCAAAGCCCAAGGUCGAUUCGUCUUUGGCAGGGUCCAUGAAGGCUAUGAGAGAGGAGCAUGCCUAA